CCUUUCCAAACUCAUAUUACACGCACAAAGAAAUACAGUAGCCAGUAUCCACUGCUUGUUAGAGUUGAGUCCAAUUAGAAAUGGCUUCCAAGGCUGUUACAACUAUUGCUUUCCUUCUCUCUCUAAACCUUCUUUUCUUCACCAUGGUUUCCUCAACUUAUACACCUUGCCCACCACCCCCAAAGACACCCAAACACCCUCCCCCAAAGCCCAGCCCUAUAACUCCAGGUACAUGCCCAGAGAACACCCUUAAGCUUGGUGUUUGUGCAAACUUGUUAAAGAAUUUACUUAACGUUGUAAUUGGAACACCACCAAAGACACCUUGCUGCCCACUCAUCCAGGGUCUUGCUGAUCUUGAAGCUGCAGUUUGCCUUUGCACAGCACUUAAGGCUAAUAUAUUGGGCAUCAAUCUUAAUGUCCCAAUCUCCUUGAGCUUGCUCUUGAAUUACUGUGGAAAAGGUGUUCCACAAGGCUUCCAGUGCGCAUAAUAUAGAUUGUAUUUCCCAAACUCUCCCUUUGGUUUUCAAUAUUUGAUCAUCAUUUUUAUUGUAUUUAAUUUUCCAUGUUUUGGAAGUUGUGUUAUGUGUCUUGGCGAACUUGUUUGAAAAGCUCUCGUUAAGUACUUUUUGGUGUGUUUUGCUCAUUGCAAGGCUUUCUUGGCCUUCUUGUCUCUGAUUUUUCAUAUAAAAUGUACUGUCGGUAAAGGAUCCCAUAGUUUUGGUCACAGCA